CAGGAAGGGGGGAAAAAAAACAAGAAAAAGGAAAAGGAAGAAGGGGAGAAGCGGAUUUUUUUUUCCUUGCCUCUGCCCUUAAUGCCCGCGAUCUGGAUCAAGGAAGGGGAUUUUCUGUCUGAGCAUGAAAAGGACUGCUAGAGCCCCAGGAUUUUCACGCCUGCAGUAUCAGCCCCGCACCCAGUAUGCGAGCUGGACAGAGAAGCUCUCCCACAAGUUCCUACCGAGCCGAAUAAAACGCACGGGCGAGCCGAUCUCCGCCACAGAGGGACAUUAGCAUCAGGACUCCACAGAAUGGAGCAAGAAUGAGAGGAAAAAGGCAGACAGAAAAGCAUGAACUGGAGGCUUGUUGAGUUCCUCUACCUCCUGUUUAUAUGGGACCAUAUACUCAUACAGCCCUCGCACCAGGACCCAGCUGCUACCAACCAACAUGUCUCCAAGGAGUUUGAUUGGCUUAUUUCAGACAGGGGGCCUUUCCACCACUCACGGAGCUACUUAUCCUUUGUGGAAAGACAUCGUCAAGGAUUUACAACCAGAUAUAAAAUAUACAGGGAGUUUGCCCGUUGGAAGGUGAGGAACACAGCCAUCGAGCGCAGGGACCUGCUGCACAACCCGCUGCCCCUGAUGCCCGAGUUCCAGAGGAGCAUCCGCCUGCUGGGCAGGAGACCCACCACGCAGCAGUUCAUCGACACCAUCAUCAAAAAGUACGGCACCCACCUCCUCAUCUCUGCCACCCUGGGAGGAGAGGAGGCCUUGACCAUGUACAUGGACAAAAGCCGCCUCGACAGAAAGUCAGGAAACGCCACCCAGAGCGUUGAAGCUUUGCACCAGCUCGCCUCCUCCUACUUUGUAGAUCGUGAUGGCACCAUGAGGAGACUCCAUGAGAUCCAGAUCUCUACCGGAGCAAUCAAGGUAACAGAAACUCGGACUGGCCCCCUGGGCUGUAACAGCUACGACAAUCUGGACUCUGUGAGUUCUGUCCUUCUGCAAAGCACUGAGAGCAAGCUCCACCUGCAAGGUCUCCAGAUCAUCUUCCCUCAGUAUUUACAAGAGAAGUUUGUGCAGUCUGCCUUGAGUUAUAUCAUGUGCAAUGGGGAGGGCGAGUACAUCUGCCGGGACAGCCAGUGUGGCUGCCAGUGCUCUGAGGAGUUCCCCCAGUGCAACUGCCCCAUCACUGACAUCCAGAUCAUGGAGUACACCCUGGCAAAUAUGGCCAAGACCUGGACAGAAGCCUAUAAAGAUCUGGAGAAUUCAGAUGAGUUUAAAUCCUUCAUGAAAAGGCUACCUAGCAACCACUUCCUGACCAUCGGGAGCAUCCACCAGCACUGGGGGAACGACUGGGACCUGCAGAGCCGCUACAAGCUGCUGCAGAGCUCGCUGGAAGCCCAGCGCCAGAAGAUCCAGCGCACUGCCCGCAAACUCUUUGGCCUCAGUGUCCGGUGUCGGCACAACCCUAACCACCAGCUGCCUAGGGAAAGGACGAUACAGGAGUGGCUUACCCGAGUCCAGUCCCUGCUGUACUGCAACGAGAACGGGUUCUGGGGGACCUUUCUGGAAAGCCAACGGAGCUGCGUUUGCCACGGUGGCACCAGUCUGUGCCAGCGCCCCAUCCCCUGCAUCAUUGGGGGCAACAACAGCUGUGCCAUGUGCAGCCUCGCCAACAUCUCCCUCUGCGGCUCGUGCAACAAGGGCUACAAGCUUUACCGCGGCCGCUGCGAGCCCCAGAAUGUGGACUCGGAGCGGAGCGAGCAGUUCAUCAGCUUUGAGACGGACUUGGACUUCCAGGACCUGGAGCUGAAGUACCUGCUGCAGAAGAUGGACUCCCGCCUGUACGUGCACACCACCUUCAUCAGCAACGAGAUCCGCCUGGACACCUUCUUCGACCCGCGGUGGCGCAAGCGCAUGUCCCUCACCUUGAAGAGCAACAAGAACCGGAUGGACUUCAUCCACAUGGUGAUCGGGAUCUCCAUGCGCAUCUGCCAGAUGCGCAACAGCAGCCUGGACCCCAUGUUCUUUGUCUACGUCAACCCGUUCAGCGGGAGCCACUCGGAGGGCUGGAACAUGCCCUUCGGGGAGUACGGCUACCCGCGCUGGGAGAAAAUGCGCCUCCAAAACAGCCAGUGCUACAACUGGACCCUGCUGCUGGGCAACCGGUGGAAAACCUUUUUUGAGACCGUGCACAUCUACCUACGCAGCCGGACUCGGCUGCCCUCCCUCCUGCGCAACGAGACUGGCCAAGGGCCCGUGGACCUUUCCGACCCCACCAAGCGCCAGUUCUACAUCAAGAUCUCGGACGUGCAGGUCUACGGCUACAGCCUGCGCUUCAACGCCGACCUCCUGCGCAGCGCCGUGCAGCAGGUCAACCAGUCCUACACGCAGGGCGGGCAGUUCUACUCCUCCUCCUCCGUCAUGCUCUUGCUGCUGGAUAUUCGGGACCGAAUCAACCGCCUGGCGCCUCCCGCGGCCCCGGGGAAGCCGCAGCUGGAUCUGUUCUCUUGUAUGCUCAAGCACCGCCUGAAGCUCACCAACAGUGAGAUCAUCCGAGUGAACCACGCCCUGGACCUGUACAACACCGAGAUCCUCAAACAGUCCGACCAGAUGACAGCCAAACUCUGCUAACCCUGGACUUAGCAAUGGACACCUUGGUGAUUGAUCCUUUUGCUGUAUAAAAAAAAAAUAAAAAAUGAAACAAACACAAAAAAAAGAAAACAAGGAAAAAAAUAGAAAAAAGA